CACCGGAACCAGGCUGUUCCUGUCAUUGACUUGACGUAGCCUCAGGCCAGAAGCAGCAAAGCAAGGUUGGUCGACAUAUCUUUGCCGUCUAACCGAGUGUUCCUGCAUAUUUUCGGAGUGCCUAUCCAGACUGUUUUUAGUUCAGGAGUUGAAAGCAGCAUCAUGGCGUCUGGAGGCCCCAUGAUGAAUGGCGACAUCCAUCGCGCUCCCGGUCAGUCCGGCACACUUGAAGAAACCCUGCAGCAAAUGAACAUUCUCAUCCAGGAGAACCGAGACCUGAAGGAGGCCCUGCGUCAGACCAACCUGACAAUGAAGGAUCGUUUUGAGGGUCUGACCGCAUGGCGGGAGAAGCAGCGAGAGGAGCGGGACUUUCUGGAGAGCAGACUGGAGGAGGCUCGGAUCCGUGUAGAGGCGCUGACCUUCCAAAACCAGGAGCUGAGCAGGAGAACUGGGGAGGUGAAGACAGGUGGCCUGCAGAGUGCAGAGCUGGAUGCCCUGCGGGCCCAGGUUGCUCGCUUGCAGGCAGAGAAGAACGACCUGGUGGCCAUGAACUCUGAGCUGCAGCUGAAGGCGGACCAGGACUCGCACGAUGACUCCUUCAUUGAAAUCAUCAGUGUCUCUGAUGGAGGCAUCAAUGGUGUGAGCGAUGUUUGUGGUUUGGAGCGCAGCAGGCGUCCGGAGCUGAGCAUGACGGCGUCCCGGCAAGACUGCGAGGGGAUGACCGUCAGUCAGCUCCUCCAGUCACUGAGGAACGAGACGCAACGAGCUGAGCAGCUGCAUGCCGAGCUGCAGUUAUCUGCUGCCAGAAUUAGAGAGCUGGAGGAGAGGAAGAGCAAUGUAGAAGAAUCAACACAGACCACCCCAGAAGAGACUACAGAGACAAAGGAGGGUUCUGGGAAAGAGGAAAAGGCAGUCUCUGAGGUGGAGAAUAUGAAGGCUCAGAUGAUGACACUGUUCAAAGAACUGCAGCAGGCGCAGAGCAAACUGGAUGAAGCAGAAGGCAUGAAGAAGAACCUGCAGGACAGAUGUCGGGAGGUGGAGCAGGAUGUGGCCACUCUGAAGGCCCAGCUGGUGGAGAAACAGGCUGUUCAGUCAGAGAAUGACCGGUUGAAGCUGCAGCUGGACAGCAUGCAGGCCCAGAACCAGCUGGAGCAGAGAAAGGCUGGAGAGGAGAGGAACAACCUGGCCCAGCUGAAGGAUGCCUACACCAAGCUGUUUGAAGACUACUCUGAACUCAAAGAUGAGAAGAAGAAGAAGAAGGAGAGAGAGUCUCACAUGGUGGAGAAGGUGGUGGUGGAUGAGCUGCAGGAGCGACUGACUGCCGCUGAAGAGGCCCUGGCUGUUAAACAGGACAAGAUUGACCAAAUGAAGCAGGAAAUCUUCCAUAAGGAGAAGGAGCUGGAGACCAUAUCUGUGUUCCAGGCUCAGGCUGAGGUCUACUCCUCAGAUUUCUAUGCAGAGCGAGCAGCGAGGGAGAAGCUCCAUGAAGAGAAGGAGCGUCUCGCUGCUCAGCUAGAGUAUGUAAAGAAGCAGAACGUCCAGAUGCAGGAGGAAAUGGACUCACUGGGCCGACGGUCGCUGAACGAAAUGCAGAGAAGACAUGUGUCACUGGGAGGAAAUCCACAUGGGGCCGGUGCUGCUCUGGUUGGAAGAGGUACCGACUGGCAGCAACAGGGGAAUAUUCCUGAACACGCUUGUCCCAAGUGCAAUGAGAUCCUGCCAGACCUGGACUCCCUGCAGAUCCACAUCAUGGACUGCAUCAACUAGACCUCCAUCGUUACAAGCACCCCCAGCAACAGGAGUUCCUUUAGCACCUUAAUCUGAGUCUUCCUCUGCUUUUACCUGUACCUCCCCUCAUAUCUCUGGGACUACGCUCCAUAGUUCUACAACAAACUCAGUGAACUUCAUUCUAGGGUGGAAAACUUUGACUUAUCCUUUCGGUUGAAAUUUAACAGGUCUGAAAAACGUUUUGGUCUUUUUUGGUCUGUUAAAUCUGAAAAUUGCUCAUUUGGACUUAAAAUUGAACAGGAAAAAUACUGUGGGACACAUCUUGAAUUUUGUCAUUUGGCACUGGGUCUAUUGCUAUAAAAAUGAGGAUGAAGGUGAAUUUGUUCAAGGUCACACUUAGACAAGAAGUGAGGCACUGUCUGUUGUGUACACAUUAAGCAAGUUUUACGUAUUACAUUGUCUAGGUGGUUAUUUGGUUAUUUUUUUUUAUUAUUUGAAGGUUUCCUCAUCAAAUCAAGCUGAAAUUCUUUCUAUAUACUGUGCUUGGAAAGGAUGUUCUUGCUCAUGAUUGUUUUUUUGGUUUAGGUGGACAAAGAAGCAUGCACCAUGUAGGCACUUUAAUAUGAGGAUAUAUAUUUUGACUCUACUUGGUUAUUUUAACAUAAUAUAUUUAACUUGUUAAUCAACUUAUCUGUACCUGCCUGUAAUCUGCAGAUUAUAAAGGUCUUCUGAUUCGAUGCUGUAAUUCUGUGAAAAUAAAAUAGAACAUCAAAUUA